AUGAAUGCGAUCAAAGUUAAACGUGGUUACGCUAAAGGUACCCUGACACGUGCAGCACAGUAUGCAGAGUCGCUGCCAGUUGACAUUACUCUUGCUGAACUUGAGAUUCGGUUAGAAAGGCUUCACCAAGCUUGGUUAGAUUUCUUGUCUCUAAAUCAUGAAUUAUAUCAACAGACUUCUUUUUUAAAAACUUUAAACUCCGCGACACAAAAAUCAUCGGUUAAGCUGCCUACAGCUUAUAUUGCUAUUUUUGAUGGAAAGUAUGAAGACUGGCCUGAGUUUAAAGAUCUUUUUUUGAGUUCGGUUGAUCGGAACACUAACCUGAGCGGUGCUCAAAAGUUUCAAUACCUUAAGUCGUUUCUGCGCGGUGGUGCUUCGGGUUUACUUAAACACAUGCGGUGUUCAGAAAAAAAUUAUGUUGCGGCAUGGGAUAGGCUAGAAGCAAGAUACGAAAAAAAGAAUCUCAUUGUUCAGUCCUUUGUUGAAUCUUUUCUUUCGUUACCUUCGUCUAAUUCUGAAAACAUUCAGGUACUCCGUAAGAUAACAGAUGGUGCAGAUGAGGUCAUCCGAGGGUUAAAUGCAUUACAAUCUAAUAAUCGCGAUCCGUGGCUAAUAUAUUUGCUAUUGCAAAAGGUCGAUCCAGACACACGACAGGCGUGGGCUGAUAACUUGGGAGCACAAGAAGACGCUACAAUAGAUCAGUUUUUGACCUUCUUACAGACUAGGUGUAGUAAUUUAGAGGCGUGUACUUCACUAACCACAACAAGAAAGAAAACCAUUACACCAGUUCGGUCACAUUUAGUGGAAUCAACACAAAAUUGCCCUAAAUGUCAUGGUGGUCACAUCUUACCUCAAUGUACGGAUUUCAUUAGUCUCGAUGUCGUUUCUCGUCGUGAGUUUGUCAAAAAACAUUCAAUUUGUUUUAACUGUCUCCGUCAAGGUCAUGGUUCGUAUAAAUGUCGGUCAAACUUUCGGUGUAAAACAUGCAAGGCGCGUCAUCACUCACUGGUUCAUCCUACACACAAUCCAGCAACUGAACAUUCUUCUUCUAAUGACCUUCAAAGUAAUAAUACAACAUCUCUUCCAAAUCCUCCGAUUGUUUCCAAUCAUUCGCUUGAAUCUUCUCGUCCGUCUCAUACAAUUCUUCCCACAGCAAUUGUUAAGAUUCAAGAUAGCCAGGGAUUUUUUCAAACCAUACGCCUUUUGCUCGAUACAGGUUCUCAGGUUUCGUUUAUAACCGAACAUGCUGUUCAACGCCUGGGCCUUAAACGCAAACGAUCUCGAAUUCCAAUAUCUGGAAUUGCAUCAACUUCAGCUGGUGUAACUAAUGGUUUAGUUACCGCCAAUCUUCACUCUCGAUUUAACUCUAGUUUCGUUGAAGUUGAUUGUUUCAUAAUUUCAAAACUUACUUCAGUAUUACCUUCGUGUUCCAUAGUUAACAUUGAUUCAAGUCGUCUAUCAUUCGAUCUAGCAGAUCCAACUUUCAAAGAGCCUGGUGAAAUUGAUAUUUUGAUUGGUGCAGAUAAGGUGUUCAGCAUCAUAACUGGCCCUGCAACCCCAGCAGAGCAUCAAGUACCGGAAAGGAUUCCUACUAUUUUUGGUUGGGUUGUAGUUGGUCAAUUUAAUCAGAAUACUUCUGGACUUGUUACAUUCUGUACCCAGUUAGAUUUCAGCCAAGACUUUGACCUCGAGAGGUUUUGGAGAUUAGAAGAAGUUUCUAAUGUACCUGUUCUUUCUUUAGAAGAACAACAAGCUGAAGACAGUUUUGUGAAUACUCACAUUCGUCAUUCUGAUGGAAAAUUUAUGGUGGAAUUGCCUUUCAAGCCCAAUCAAAGGACUUUUUUUGGAAACUCUUUUUCAGUUGCUUUCAAUCGUCUGCAGUCAAUUGAAAGAAAAUUCGCAUCGAAUCCUGAUUUAAAAAGUCAAUAUUCAAAGUUUAUGAACGAAUACUUGGAAUUAGGACAUAUGAAAGAGGUGCCACCGAAUGAGAUUGCAGUUGAUAACAACAGGUGUUACUACUUACCCCAUCAUGCUGUAUUUAAGAGCGAUAGUAGCACAACUAAAAUAAGGGUGGUUUUUGACGGUUCAGCCAAAAGUUACAGUAGUAUGUCAUUAAACGAAUGUCUUCUCGUAGGUCCUACAAUUCAGCGUGAUAUAUUUUCGAUAUGCCUAAGAUUUCGACGACACAAAUACACAAUAUCGGGAGAUAUAGAGAAAAUGUAUCGUCAGAUAUGGGUGUCUCCUAAGCAUUCUGAUUUUCAAAGGAUAUUAUGGCGGGAAUCACCUGAAGGUCCAGUCAAACAUUAUCGCCUUCUUACAGUCACUUAUGGCACGACUUCAGCACCUUUUUUAGCAGUUCGCUCCCUCCAACAGGUAGCACUUGAAUCCGCUCUUUCACAUCCUGUUGCUUCGUCGAUUAUCCUCAACGAUUUUUACGUAGAUGACGUAAUGACCGGGGCAGAUUCUAUCGAUGAGGUGAUCAAGCUGCAAGCUGAACUAGUCGAAUUAUUAAAAUCUGCUGGCUUCCAUCUCAGAAAAUGGACAACCAACUGCUGGCCUUUGCUUUUGUCAAUACCAGAGGAACAAAGAGAGCUGUCUCCAGUUGAUUUUGAGGAAUCGAGUUCAAUUAAAUUAUUAGGAUUGCAAUGGUGCCCAUCGAGAGACUGUUUUUCUUAUAAGGUUCGCUUGGAUACAUCCAAAACUGUCACUAAACGUCGAAUACUUUCGGAAGCAUCUAGAAUUUUUGACCCAAUCGGAUUUUUGGCCCCAGUUGUUGUUGGUGUGAAAAUAAUAAUGCAGAACCUCUGGAAAGAAAAGUUAUCUUGGGACGAAGUAGUUCCAGAGCAUCUGGUCGAUCGUUGGACAUUAAUUCAUCAAGACCUUCAUCAACUUGAAAAUUUAAGUAUCCCUAGAGUAAUGUGGUCGGACAAAAACAAUUAUGAACUACAUGGCUUUUGCGAUGCUUCUUUAGACGCCUAUGCAGCCGUCGUUUAUUGCAGAAGUGUUAAUCCAGAUGAAAGUGUAUCGGUUUCUUUGGUAGCAGCUAAAACUAAAGUAGCACCCAUCAAAAUACUUUCGCUUCCCAGACUUGAACUCUGUGGAGCUCUUCUUUUAACCCGUCUAAUAAAUAAAAUUCAGAUUUCUUUACAGGAGAAAGAAUCUAAAAUCUUUGCUUGGACGGAUUCAUCUAUAGUUCUCCAUUGGUUGUCAGCAGUACCAAAAAGAUGGUCGGUAUUCAUUGGCAAUCGAACCUCGGAGGUUUUGUCUUCAUUACCUCGUAAGAUGUGGAAUCACGUACGCUCGGCCAGCAACCCGGCAGAUAUUGCUUUUCGUGGUAUUUCACCAUCGCAUUUGUGUUCAAAUGAGAUGUGGUGGAAGGGAUCUCAUUGGUUAAGCUUGGACAGACAUUUUUGGCCUACAUCACCUCCCGUUCCAGAAGAAUUUUCAAAAGAAGAGCUAGAAGAGAGAAAAUUACCUAGAGGCAAGACAAAGGUAUUUGUAUCUUAUUUAGAAACAGACAAUAUUAUGGAUCUAGUUAUUGUAGAUACAUUGAUUAAAAAUGUAUCUAACUGGAAUAAAAUUAUUCGUGUAGUUGCAUAUGUGCGCCGGUUUUUACGUAAUUAUGUACGAGACAAAAAAUAUCGAACUGUUGGACCUUUGUCUACAAAAGAACUUUUACAUGCUAAAAUUGUUAUUAUAAAAAAGGCGCAGUAUUCGUUGUUUUCGUUCGAAAUCGGUCUUUUGAAGAGAAAUAAGCCUUUAUCAAAGAGAAAUAAACUUGUGUCGUUAAGCCCUUUUCUCGAUGCUUUUGGAGUGCUUCGCGUUGGAGGUCGUAUUCAACAAUCAACUUUAAGCUAUGACCAAAAACACCCUGUAAUUUUGUGCAAAACUCAUCCCAUUUCAACUCUUAUAGUAACUUAUAAACAUAACCAAUAUUUGCAUUCGGGAGUAACAUUAACUUUUUCUUUAAUAAAAGCGAACUUUUAUAUUCUUGGGUGUAGAAAUCUGAUCCGUAAAAUUGUACACAAAUGUAUCGUUUGUUUCCGUCAACGCGUUACAACUUCACAGCAACUAAUGGGCAAUCUCCCAAUUGAUCGCGUUGUUUAUUCACGACCAUUUAGUAAAGUUGGAUGUGACUACGCCGGUCCGAUUACGUUGCGUUCAUCUCGAUUACGAAAUGCUAAAUUGGUUAAAUCGUACAUAGCAUUAUUCGUUUGUUUUGUUACGAAGGGAAUCCAUCUCGAACUAGUUGGAGACCUCUCGACAAAUGCUUUUUUGUUAGCCUUAGACCGAUUUGUUGCGCGUCGCGGUAAACCCAGCGAAAUUUGGAGCGAUAAUGGUACGAACUUCCACGGCGCGAAACGAACUCUGGAUGAAAUGUAUAAUCAACUUCGAAGUCAACACCAUAACACCAUUGUAGCUGAUCACCUGUCAAGGGAUGGCAUAAGCUGGAAAUUUAUCCCUCCUGCAGCCCCACAUUUUGGAGGCUUAUGGGAGGCAGGUGUAAAAUCUGUCAAGACCCACAUCAAACGUGUUAUUGGUGAGAACAAGUUGACAUACGAAGAGAUGUACACGUUACUAGCAAAAAUCGAAGCUCUGCUGAAUUCGCGUCCCAUGUGGCAUGUAUCAGAUAGUGAACCAACUGCAUUGAGUCCAUCACAUUUUAUGAUUGGGGAACAAUAUGUUGCAGUUCCUCAAUCAAAUAUUUCAAAUAAUUGUAUUAAAACUAAUUGGUUUGCUUUACAGACUUUACUCCAAGGCUUUUGGAAGCGAUGGCAUCAGGAAUAUCUGACAUCCCUUCAACAUAGACCAAAGUGGCAAAAACUUAAAUUGAAUCUUCAAGUUAACGAUAUCGUUCUUCUCAAAGAGCCAAACCUGCCACCCUCCAAAUGGAUUAUUGGUCGUAUCUCGCAAAUACAUCCUGGAAAUGAUGGUGAAGUCAGAGUCGUCACUGUUCACACGAAUUUUGGCAACUACACUCGUCCAAUAUCUAAGGUAGCUCCACUUCCUAUCACUGAAAGACCGGAGUCUUCCAGGGGGGGCUGA